GGACCGUGCUGGCCUCCCUGGUGUUGUCCGUCAGCUCAGCCUGGGGGAUUAUGCCCGUCUCUACGAACUGGACGAGGACCCAAAACGGAAGGAGUUCCUGGAUGACCUCUUUGGCUUCAUGCAGAAGAGAGGGACGCCCGUGAACCGCAUCCCCAUCAUGGCCAAGCAAGUGCUGGACCUGUACACGCUGUACCGGCUGGUGACGGACAAGGGUGGCCUGGUUGAAGUCAUCAACAAGAAGAUCUGGCGGGAGAUCACCAAGGGCCUCAACCUUCCUACCUCCAUCACCAGUGCUGCCUUCACCCUCCGCACGCAAUACAUGAAGUACCUGUAUCCCUAUGAAUGUGAGAAGCGGGCACUCAGCUCUCCCGGGGAGCUCCAGGCCGCCAUUGACAGCAACCGUCGGGAGGGACGGAGGCAGACUUUUGGCACGGCACUCUUCAACUACUCGCCGACUGGCACCCCAACCCUGCUGGGCUCCCCCAAAAUGUCUCUGCCGGCUCUUAGCAUCUCCACGCACAGCUGCAGCCAGCUUGGUCAAAUGCACGCUGUUAAGAAAGAGGAUGGCGUGCUGGCAGCAGCAGUGCCGGGGCGCAUCGCUAUCCCAGUGGGACUGGCUGGCCACCAUCUUGCAGCGGCCCAAGCAGCAGCCGCCUCGCAGGCAGCCGUGCUGGAGCAGCUGCGGGAGAAGCUGGAGACAGGGGAGCCACCGGAGAAGAAGGUGGCUCUGACGGCAGAGGAGCAGCAGCGGCUGGUGCAACAUGCACUGCAGCACAACCUCCUGGCUGUGGCCUCCCAGUUCCCCAUGAACGUCAAGAUCUCCAACCGAGAUGACAGACAGGAGACCGCACUGAACCUGUCCACCAACGGCAUUAGCAGUAUCAACAUGUCAAUAGAAAUAAAUGGAGUUGUCUACACAGGCGUCCUGUUCGCCCGCCGGCCUCAAGCCCCCCCAGCACCUGGUGGAGGGAGCACCCAGAGCCGGCCGAACCCCAUGCCUGCCCCGAACCCACUGCUCCCAGCCACCUCGCACAGCCACACUCCCACCAGCACCUCACCGUAG